GUUUUCAACCAAUACGUUUAGAAUAUCAUAAAAUGUUUUCCGUAAAGUUUACUCUUUUAUUAAUUGCCUGCCUAAUGCUGACUGUAAUAGCAUCUCCUGUUUGGGAAUUUGAAGCAUAUGAACAUAAAAAUAUUAAUGAUCGUUUUAAAGGACGUCAACUGCGUUCGACUGAACAUGGAAAUCUUGAUGUGGCUAUUACAAAGGAUCAGUUUGGUGAUCAAGCAUCAAUUAAUUAUAAACAACAAAUUGGACCUGGAUCGAUUCAAGCUUUUGCCGAAGCUUCUCACAAUCCAAAUGAUGGUCAUACCGACUUGAAUGGUGGUAUUCGAGGAUCGUGGACGUUAAAUAUCAAACAAACAAUUAAAAUUAAUUUUAUAAGAAUUAAUAAAAAAAUUCAAAAAAUGUUCUCAUUAAAGUAUAUUGCAUUAGUGGCUGCUUGCCUAAUCCUUACCGUCUCUGCUUCACCCAUUGAAUUGGAAGAAUUGUAUGAACCCCAUCAAGCUCUGCUGGAAGAAUAUGAAUAUGAACCAGUUUUAGUACGCAAUGUACGAUCACCUCAACAUGGUAAUAUUGAUUUUGGCUUGAAACAGGAUCAAUUUGGACGCGAAGCUUCGGUAAACUAUAAUCAUAAUCUUUUUACAAGUAACGAUGGUCGUGGUUCGAUUGAUGCUUAUGCUCAAGCUUCUCGCAAUUUUGACUACAAUAGUAAUAAUUUCGGUGGUGGCAUCCGUGGAUCUUGGAGUUUUUAAGUUUUACGGAAAUUAAUUUGGUUUAAAUUAUUUAAGCUUUAAGAGUGUUUUUUUGUAUUGUUUUAUGUUUGGCUUUAUUAUUUACUUUAGUGCUUAGUGUUGAAAAUAUUUAUAAAUAAAUUUUAAAAACAAUAAAAA